CCGCGGCCAACGUUCAUACCUCCUUAUCCGGAACUAAGCAACCUUAUCUCGUGGAGCCCUGACGCUUUAGCCGUUGCUCCCUAUGCAAUGGAUUCCUGCGUGCGAGCCUCGUCUUCCAGUACAGUGUAACAUGGCUCCACAGCAUUCAUUUCCCGGAGUAUUCCUGCUCGCAUUGUGUGUGUGCUUUGUGCAUUGUGACAUAUCGCUCGUGAAGAACGGCUACAAAGGCAUUGUCGUGGCGCUGUCUCCUAGUGUUCAAGUGGAAGACGCCCAAGCCGUCUUCACGUCCCUCCAGAACGUUUUUAGUAGUGCCUCUCGUGCUGUGUUCGACAAGCUAGAGAAACGCGCUUUCUUCGAAGAAAUCACUUUGCUAUUACCGAAGGGAUCGAAGUUCGAAGAGCAACUCAACCUCAGUGACGUAUCGUAUACGAUUUCAAGCAGGCCUAGCUAUGAUUCAGCGCACUUCGUCAUCGAGACUCAAGGUGUGUUUGGACAGAAUCCGUACACGCUGCAGUUCGGUCCAUGUGGAACUCAAGGUCUGAGAGCUAUAGUUCCGCUGCCUUUGCUCAACGCGAAUAACGGCGACGUUCUCGCUGAAGAGUGGAUUCGCUAUCGCUACGGAGUCUUCAGCACGGAGCAGUUUCCAGGUGACCCUCUGUACUCCCAAGGCGUGCCGUCAAAGCAGGAUGUCUUGUGUGGCUCUAGCGUUCGCGAUGUUAUCUUCCGGUCUGAGGACUUCAAGGACAUCAAUCUAGCCGGCGAGUCGCAAUGGAAACAACCAGCCUUCAAAAUUGUAAAGGAAGCUCCACUGAGAUUUGUAGUGGCUUGGGACGUUGUGGAUGUCAACAAAGUAGAUACUCCGGAAGUGAAGAACACUCGAUACGCUGUCCAGAAAUUUGUCUCUGUUAUGGUUCCAAACGACGCAUCUGGUGCCAUGAUUUACUUUGGAGACACUAAAGUUGAUGGCCAAGAUAGCUUGAGACCUAUGGACACUGGAGGGAGAGAUUUUUUUGUCGCGUACUUCCCAGCAUCCUCUACAGGACCGUCCUACUUACCGGAUGCAUUAAGUAAAGCGAAAAGUAUGUUGGAAGAACAAGGUAAAUCAACGGUUCCCGCAACAGGUGGCACCAUACUCGUCAUAACCGAAAGGAAUAUUUCCGAUGAGGUGUACCCCAAAGCUAAGGAGGCCCUGCAAAACACUGAUAUCACCCUUCACGCGUUGCUUCUUCCAAAGUAUGGUGGCGACGAUACUUUAGAACGUCUGACAACCGAAUUUGGCGGGAAAACGGUUUACGUGCCAGUGAUGGGUGAGGCCCUGUCUUUGGCCACCCAGGCCGACAGCAUAGCUAGCAUUGUUCUGCAAGGCACGGAUUCAUCGCACACCGUGGUAUUACAAAAUGAAAUUAAAAAUGGUCUGCAAGCUGGAGAAGAUUGGGAACUACCAAUAGAGCUCGAUUUAAAACGCGCAACGACACUUACAGUUGAAAUAACAAAGAAAAGUAUGGACAGUCGAUUCAACAACCUGGUUCAGUUGUCGUCGCCAAAUAAUGAAACAACGUACAGCUCAAGAAGUCAAGAAUUUAAAUUCAGCAACGAUUUCUUCCGCCGCUGGUUCGACAUACCGGACCCAUCGCCAGGAACAUGGACACUGAAAUUACAAUCUUCAGCUCAAGUCUACGAUGACCCUUUGAUGAUCACUGCAAAGGCCAAGACGAGCGAUCACGGAGAGGCUAUUGGAGUCAAUGUAUGGACUAGCGAGACGUCCGACAUCGUUAACUCAUCUCAACCGCUGAUAAUUUACGCUGAAGUUCGAAAAGGCGCCGCGCCCAUAAGAGGCGCUGUGGUCGAAGCCACAGUGAGGACACCUGGAGGUGAUGCCAAAUUUGAACUGGUUGAUAACGGGAGGGGAGACCCGGAUGUUACGGAAGGGGACGGCAUCUAUACUCGCUACUUUACGGCCUUCUCCACCAGGGGACAUUAUACGCUCAGUGUUUUUGUGAAGGGCACUGAUCUUACCCAGCUGGUUCCAACGCGACCAGACGGUGACGGUCUCCAAUGCUGCGGCAGUGAGUUUCCAAAGGAACCGGCAGAGAAGACAGGUGCCUUCAGACGGUACUCCCAAUACGGCUCCUUCGUCACGUUGAAAGACCGUCCUGAGGGCGACAUAUUCCCACCCAGUCGCGUGACAGACUUAGUGGUGAAGCACAUCGACUCCGGUAACAUGCGUGUCACCCUACAGUGGACAGCACCGGGAAAUGACUUGGACAGCGGCAGAGCAGAUGCUUACGAGAUCCGCUACUUCGACAGGGAAGUCCAAUUCAACGAAGAAUUUGAAACGGCAGGGAAGUUGAUAGGGAAGUUCGACGUGGACGGCCUUACUGACCCUCCGAAAGAGUACGGUCAGUUAGAAACGGCCACCGUGUUUAACUUGAAGUGUAAGCGGAAACCCGACAGCUGCUACUUCGCGUUGCGAGCUAAGGACAAACUCAAUUACGGGUCAGUCUCCAACAUUGUGAGUGCACAAUUUGAUGCGAUUCCCACGACGACGGGUGUCGACGGGGGAGGCGUCGUCACCCCAGAUCCUUCUGCGAUCGACGGAGUGUACGUGGAGAACAGACGUGGAGGAUCGUAUCUAGGUCUCGUCAUCGGUAUACCGGUCGCUCUGAUUAUCCUGAUCAUCAUCCUUGUGGUGAUAGGAAUAUGGUUCGUGACAAGAAGGAAAAGACGGGACAAAGAACCGCCAGCUAGGCAACGGUAUCCCGUGCCACAGCAAAACGGCAAAUCAAACGAUGCCGGCCCCACCGACCAGAACAAGAACGAGUAUGAGGACCCUUCCAUGCUGUCGACAAGCAUCAGCCCCGUCAACUCAUACUCGGCUGAAUAUCUUCUGGAAAGGUACGAGGAAGAAAAGAAGAGAAAGUCCAACAAAGCGGCGACUGCACCAGACAAAGAAGACCUGCCGGCCUCCUCCGACGAGUCAUCAGUGGGUAAAGCAAACACACACCCAAUAUGGUGGAUGCCAAAGGGACCGCAAGCACCGGACGAGAGUGACCAACCAGCUGCCGUGUACGCUACGGUGGACAAACCAAAAAAAGACAUAUCCCCGAGGAGAAUGCAAACGUUCGUUUGAUGGUGCAAGUGUCAGCUGAGUCGCCAUAUGUUGGUGAUAGUUUACAUACGCCAGCGAUUUGCUUGCUACAAUUGUCUGAUUGUACGAAUCGCCACUUGCAGAUGACUUGACAGAAAAGACGCCUUCGGUGCCUUGUCAGUUCCACAGGGGCCAGUGCGGAUGAUCGCUCUCUAGGCCUAUAUAAGCAAUGACUGAAACGCAGGAGGACCCGUGCUGUCAUUUGACCAUGAAGCGCCAAUAACAAGACGCGCACAGCCUUAUAGUAGCACAGUUCAUGUCUGUAUUAUAGCUCCCUCAAGUUGUCAUUUGUAAUGAUGGGUUUCGCUGACGUGUUUCAGGCUGCUACUCAAAUCACUUUCGAUAGAUCCAGAUGCUCUUGGUCGGAAGAGCAAAGACCAACCAGUGUGACCGAGCAUUAUACAUGCGCCAUACAUGUUUGAAGACAUGUUGGUCAUAGAACAAUGUAAUGACGGACGACGAUCGACGUUAAAGAGGUGGGUUCUGAAACGCCUAAGAAACAAUGACCUUCAAAUAACUCAGGAUAAAGGCGCUCACCCAGGUCAUAGACCUAGGCCUAAGUCCUGGUGUCAGCGCCUUUCCGCGAGCUAUUUGAAGACUGGUUUUCUGUUGGAAACGAGCAUGUUUCAUGCCUCCUCCCCGCUCUGAUCUCCGGCCACGAGACCGCUGGUUUUGCGAUGACUCGGUAUCAAGCAAACAUUCCGGAGCGCACGCAGUGCAUGUCCCACCCCUCUUCCGUGUUAUUCGGGAGGGUUUGUGCAUCUCUCCGUCAUUAAGAUGUGUGAAUGACUUCACCAAGAUAUUACGGGGCAUAAUGCAUGAAGGCGAAGUGCUCCCAGCAGUACUGGCUCUUCCACGAGCACAAGUCCUGGUGCAACGACGUAAGUAUGCCGACGGGAUAUGCCUUGCCUAACAUCAGACGGGGACAAGAAAAAGAAAGUUGGACGUGAUUGAUUAAUUGAUUGAGAAAUUUUAAAAAAAUGUGGAGAUGUGAGGCCCGACCAAGUCGCGUCAGGCUAAUCCAGUCAUGGCCCCUCGAUCGUAUACCGAGGGGCCGGGCUCCAUUACACGAGAAUAGAAAAUGAAGUGAAAGAACCAACCUCAAGAUGACCAAGAAGACACGAAGAGGCGUCCCUUACGACAUUCCUCUCAGUUUUAGCUGCUCAUGUGUUAAAAGCCAAAGAAAAAGAUUUGACUGAACAUGACCUGUAAUUGAACAUAACUUGGACUGCCUAGUGCUGACAAGUUUUUGUGCCCCCGAUGCUGCGAAGAGACACCUUAUUGGAUGUCACAGUAAGCCACAUAAGGUUACUUGGUAUUACAGCAGUGAUGAUGAUGACUGAUAUUUGUAUGGCGCACAAAAACUGUUGCACACACAGAGAGAAAGUAUGAUGAUGAUUAUGUGUGUGUGUGUGCAAUUCGCCGUGGACAACAACGCGCUUCUUGAACUUACUUGCUCGACCGGUACAUCGUGGAACUUAGAAACAUGCACACGUGAUAGUGCCUUACUUUGUUCAAAAUACGUAUAGCACUUUUGGAAUGUUGUCAAAUGUCAUAAUAAACCAUGUGCGAAUUUCGAUGAAA